AUGGUGAGCGAAAAGACGCGACGUAGCCAACGUUUGGAUGCGACUCCCGCGGUGGAUUUACUCGAACUAGUUGUCAAUGAUGUUAAGAAUUCGUCUCCAGUCCCUAGAUCAAGAGAUCAGCAGCUGCAACAAUCAGUCGAAGACAAAACGAUAAUCUUUCAAGGUAUAAAAACCAAGACAGCGCCCGUGGCACAGACAAAGGUGAUUUUUCUCGAUGGCGCUCGUGGUCUGGCAGCAAUGCUUGUUGUCAUACAGCAUGCUGACGAGUUCAUGCCAAACCUUCACCUUGGAUCAGUCGGUGUUGAUAUUUUUUUUGUCCUGUCUUCAUUUCUUCUUACGUGGCUAUUCAUGCUCAAAAGCAUGAAACUACUGUCCAAAGGCGCGCAUGUCCGCACAUGGGCAUUUACAUUGGCUGAUUACUUCCAAAAACGGUUCUUACGUGUAUAUCCAAUGUUUUUUGUGACGGUGAUUCUGCUAUCAUUUCUCUCAGUAGAUGACCAGAGACGUUACUAUAUCGGGAAACGACCACCAUUCGAUUUGGUGAAGACGCUCACGUUCUCUUACGAGUAUCGCUAUCACGUAUUUUGGUCGUUGCCUUUAGAAAUAACAUACUAUUUUCUCAUACCAAUCUUCGUUUUGGCUGUACUGAGUUUGCGUCGGUUCUGGUGGAUUCCUGCCCUUCUACUGACGGUAUGGAUCGUGCACGAAGGUGUGUUUGGCGAACGACAAAGUCACGCGCCUAUGAGACCACAUAUCUCAACAUUUCUUACCGGCUCGCUUGCUGCCACGGUCUAUGUAAAAGCCGAUAUGUGGAUAAAGAAGACAAAGUUUGUAUUUCGAUGUAGACACAUUAUCCUCGUUCGAGCAAUCGAGGGUCUGACAAUCUUAAUGCUCUUGAGUGUUUGUUUCCGAGGACUUCUUUUUAACUGGAUACAUCAAAAUCCGGCACCACGACCCAUAGGAUUCCCCUAUACAAGCGCUUUCUUGGCAAUCAUUCUCGUAAUAGAAGUGAUUAACCCGUCGUGUGUAGCGUCGAUGCUCGAGUGGAAUGUGCUUCGCUACUGGGGAAAGAUCAGUUUUUCCAUCUACUUAUUACAUUCCUUUGUCGUUUACCACCCGAAACUAAGUCAGCAAGCGAAUUAUUUUGAUCGAUUUUUUUCUAGGCUGGUUAUAAUCCUAGCCAUUUCCACUGCAGCGUACUACCUCGUUGAGUAUCCGUCGCUGCUGCUUGCUCAAAAAGUCUCAAGGCUCAUUGCAAAUGCAGAGAAAAGAUUCUCAGUAGAUUAUACCGAACUUGCCGAAACGGAAGUGUUACGACGCAAAAUGGCAAGUCGAUAG